GUCGCUGGUCACGGGUGUUGGUGAAACGGCUGUUGCUAUGGUGACAUCAGUCAGAUUGGCUCCGCCUCUUGCUCUGAUCUUUCUGCUCAUGAUUCACGGGGUUUGUAGUCAGAAAGAGGAUGUGAUUUACAGUCCUCCACACAUCUGUGCAGUAAAGGACUCAACAGUGAUAAUGAACUGCACUUAUACAUACCCUACUGGACUUCAGAUCAAGAAAGCGUUCUGGACCAAAACACUGGUAAAAGAUAAUGGAGAGUUUCCAGAUCUGUCUAAUGACCCUGAAUACAGUCAGAGGCUUCAGUAUCUGGGAGAUAAACAGCAGAACUGCACCGUCAGACUGAGUCAUGUGACACUGAAGGAUUCACGCAUGUACUAUUUCAGAUUCACCACUGAUAAACCUGAUGUGAAAUGGAUUGGUGCUCCAGGAGUGACUCUUACUGUCACAGAUCUUCAGGUGGAGUCUCCUGAGAGAGUGACAGAGGGAGAUUCAGUCAGUCUGACAUGUAAAAGCAGCUGCGCUCUGACUGACAGAGCAACAUUCAUCUGGUACAGAAACUCACUGAAGAUAUUAACUGAGAGUAAAUUCAGGAACACACUCAUCCUCAAUCCAGUCAGAAGAGAGGAUUCAGGCAGAUAUAGCUGUGCUGUAGACGGACACACACACGUCUCUCCUGAUGUUCACCUCAAUGUCAUGUACGCACCUAGAAACGUCUCAGUGUCCAUCAGUCCAUCUGGGGUAAUAGUGGAAGGAGAUUCAGUGACUCUGAACUGCAUCAGUGACUCAAACCCUCCUGCUGUGAACUUCAGCUGGUUUAAAGGAGGAACGAUUGUAGGAUCUGGAAGAAUCUUCAACAUCUCAAAGAUCAGAUCUGAUGACAGUGGAGAAUACAAGUGCAAGUCCAUCAAUGAACAUGGAGAGAAAUACUCUGAUGCUGUGACUUUAAACGUCAUGUAUCCUCCCAGGAACGUCUCAGUGUCCAUCAUUCAGUCCGGUCAGAUCUGGGCAGGAGAUUCAGUGACUCUGAAGUGCAUCAGUGACUCAAACCCUCCUGCUGUGAACUUCAGCUGGUUUAAGGAGAAUGAAAGCUCAGCUGUUGGAUCUGGACAGAGUUUCAGUGCACUACAGAGUGGACGCUUCUACUGUCAGGCUCACAAUCAACAUGGAUCUCAGAGAUCAGACGCUGUAACUGUCACUGUUAAAGUUUUAGGAAGUCUGCUGAUAUUAUACACAUCCAUUGGAGUGAUUUGUGGAGCUGCAGUGAUCAUCAUGAUGCUGAUUUGGGGCAGCAGGUGGAUGAAAAAGAGAAAUGACACACAGGCAAAGAUGAAUCAUCCCCGACCUGAUCAUGAGAGACGCAACGAUUAUGAUGUUGAACUGAGUGAUCUUGUGUAUGAGAAUGUAACGGCUGCUCGACUUGAUGAUUGUGAACCCGAACUGGACUCGUCUCUGUAUGAAAAUCUUCCAAAGAGGCUGUAGUGUAUUGGACAGAAAACAGCCUUCAUGAAUCUCUUUGUGGGAGGAGCCUUGAAUGAUUGACAGGAGUGCCAUGAUGACAUGUGACUGAAGUUAUUAAGGGAUCAUUUUAUAGAUGGAUGUGUGAUAAUUAAAGUAGACGGUUAAUGCAUUUAUGUAAAACUGUAAAUCACUAGGAUGUGUGUUUCUCUUUAUGCUUUAUUAUCAUGUAUGAAUCUUACUUCAUUGAGAUUAUUAAUGUUUUUGUUCA